GCCGCCGCCGCUCCGCCGCCUCGGGGCCCGGGCAGCGCCGCUCCCGCCGCCCCUCCGUGACGGGCCGCCCCGCGCUCCGGAGCGGACAGCUGCUUAGCACAAGCUGAUUUGCCCUGUACGGCUGUUAUGUACUUCAGAAUAACUGUGGCUGAGUGAACAGAGGGAAUGUACACAUCCAGUUCCAAAAUCUACCUGAGAAAAUAGAUUAUAUCCCCUGUUUGCCUUGGAUUAAUGAGAUUUCCUUAUGUGGUCGAGUAGAUGUGUUUAUUUCAGCCUUAAAAUUGCUGGUGCAAAUCCUUGCUAUGGCAUCUGUGGCUUCACCGGUUAUAUUUAAGGAAUUUUGUCCCUUAUAUUAUCUCCUCAAUGCCAUUCCUACAAAGAUCCAAAAAGGCUUUCGCUCUAUUGUGGUGUAUCUCACAGCACUUGAUACCAAUGGAGACUACAUUGCUGUGGGGAGCAGCAUUGGAAUGCUUUAUCUCUACUGCAGACAAUUAAACCAGAUGAAAAAAUACAAUUUUGAGGGGAAGUGUGAAUCUAUUACUUUUGUAAAGCUGCUGAGUUGUUUUGAUGAUCUGGUUGCUGUUGGUACAGCCUCAGGUCGGGUUGCAGUUUUUCAGCUUGUGUCUUCAUUACCUGGAAGAAACAAACAGCUCCGGAGAUUUGAUGUUGCUGGCAUCCACAAAAGUAGCAUUACAGCUUUAGCUUGGAGUCCCAAUGGAAUGAAAUUAUUCUCUGGAGAUGACAAAGGAAAGAUUGUCUACUCUGCCCUAGACCUAGACCAGGGUAUUUGCAACUCCAACCUUGUAUUGGAAGAGCCAUCUUCGAUUGUCCAGUUGGAUUACAACCAGAAGGUGCUGCUUGUCUCUACUUUACAACGCACUCUACUUUUUUACACAGAAGAGAAAUCCGUCAACCAAGUUGGAACACAGCCCAGAAAAAACACCGGCAAGUUUGGAGCAUGUUUUAUACCUGGCCUGUGCAAACAAAGUGACCUGACACUAUUUGCUGCCAGACCUGGGCUUCGUCUCUGGAAGUCUGAUGUUCACGGAACUGUUCAGGCCACAUUCAUAUUAAAAGAUGUAUUUGCUGGAGGGAUAAAAACUUUUGAACUGUAUCCUCGUUUGGAACCACCUGACAGAGGAAGUUACAGCUCUCCAGAGAAACACCUUGGGCUUGUUUCGUGCUUUUUCCGAGAAGGAUGGGUGCUAACCUGGAAUGAAUACAGCAUCUACUUGCUAGACACUGUGAACCAGGCUCUGAUUGGUGGCUUGGAAGGAUAUGGUGAUAUUGUGUCUGUGUCCUGUACCAACAAUGAGAUUUUUCUCUUAAAGGGAGAUAGAGACAUAAUAAGAAUUUCAAGUAGACCGGAAGGACUGUCAUCAAUAGAUACGAGUCCUAAAUUGCUGACCCCAUCAUCAGUAGUUUCAUCUGUAUCAUCCAGCCCUUCAGUGGAAACAGAUAAAAAAAUGGUUACUUCCCUUUUGGUUACUGGUGAUAAAAAUGGUUCUUCGGUGAAAGAUGAUCUGGAAACUCCAACGCUGUCUGAGAAAAGUUUUGAUAGAAUGGGAGACUUGAGCAAUGAAAUGAGAAAAAGGGGCUGCUCUGUAGUAAGUGAAUCACGAAGCAGGAGCAGUUCUGUGAACUCUGUGGACAGUGGCUCGAGCUUUAUGAUGUGUGCAGACCAACUUUCAGAAGCUCAGCGAGAAGGUCAACUUUCUUCACAACGGUUCAGCACCAUCAGCUCUGAAGAUUUUGAUCAAGAACUCAUUGUAAAGCCAAUUAAAGUAAAAAAGAAAAGAAAGAAGAAGCAGGAAAGUGGAACAAGGAAAAACCACAGCUCUCUGGAAGGCACACCAAUUUAUGAGCGUCAGCUUUCUGGUGACAGUCCCCAUUCAUUGAAUGCAGACUCCUUUUCCAUGACCUCCAGCAUAAUGAGUGGCAGCAUUGAUCAUUUGAGCACUGGAUCUCCAGAUCAGGAAAGCAUGUUCAGUAUGGAGUCCCAUACGAUCUUGCAAGAAGAUAAUGGUUCAGAAACUUUCAGUGUCCUGCAGUCUCCUGAGUCAGCAACUGUACUAAUUAAUGAAGAAAAUGGAGAGGUGGUUGAUUUGCAGAAACUUCCAAACAGUGACAGUGGCAUGGGUACUUCAGCUAUUAUAGAUACUUUGACAUCUGCAUCUCCUCUGAUCCUCACAGAAGACUUGACAAGCAGUAUUGAUGGUGAAUGUAAUGGUAGUGUGGUUUCUGCAAGCAAAGAAUUCUGUCCUGGAAAGCUGAGCCAAGAGGAGGAGCAGGAUUUUCCUAUGUUGUGUAAAAUAGAUGAAGAUUUGGAUAAAAUGAAGCUGCAGGAUACUGAAAAGUCUUUUGAAGGGCCAGACCUUACAGACCAGACGUUUUUGGAACGUGACCAUACAUUUGGUGUUCAGACAUCACUGACACCAAAGGAAAGUGAUGAAAUUGGUAGGGAAGACCAGCAGGAGCUCUCCCUAAUCCACAGCGCUCUGUCAGACCCUUCUGCGCUCCACUUUGACAUCUCUAAUGAUGUUUGUUCAGAUAACGCUUCCAUUUCUGGGUGGAAUUUUGAAAGUGCAAUCAAAGCUAAAUCUAGUGCUAGCACUGCUGAAUGGGUAGCAGACACUCAUGAAAGUAAGACUGAGAAAUCUGCCUCAAGUGAUGAAGAGGAUAUUUAUGGCCAUGGAUUACCAUAUUCAUCCUCGGAGACCAGCAUGCCUGAAGCUGGUGCUGUGCCUGGUUCACAGGAUGUGGCCAAGAUAAGCGCCGAUGAAAUGGUGCUGUUAAAAUCUGAUCAGUUUGCAGAGAGCUGGAUGGGGUACUCUGGCCCUGGUUAUGGCAUCCUGAGCCUGGUUGUUUCAGAAAAGUACAUUUGGUGCCUGGACUACCGAGGCAGCCUGUACUGCAGUGCCCUUCCUGCGGCCGGGCUGCGCUGGCAGAAGUUUGAGGAUGGAGUCCAGCAAGUGGCAGUGUCCCCGUCAGGGGCUCUUCUCUGGAAGAUUGAGCAGAAGACUAACAAAGCCUUUGCUUGUGGAAAAGUAACUAUUAAAGGAAAACGCCACUGGUAUGAGGCUUUACCCCAGGCUGUAUUUGUAGCUUUAAGUGAUGACACCGCCUGGAUUAUCAGAACAAAUGGAGAUCUGUAUCUGCAAACAGGCCUGAGUGUGGAUCGUCCUUGUGCCCGAGCAGUAAAGGUUGACUGCCCUUAUCCACUGUCACAGGUUACAUCCAGAAAUAAUGUAGUGUGGGCCCUGAGUGAGCAGCGGGCCCUGCUGUACCGGGAGGGAGUGCGCAGCUUCUGUCCUGAGGGGGAGCAGUGGAAGAGUGAUAUUGUCAGUGAAAUGCAAGCUUUGGAACCAGUGUGCAUAACCCUUGGAGAUCAGCAGACAUUAUGGGCUUUGGAUAUCCAUGGCAAUCUCUGGUUCAGAACUGGUAUAGUUUCAAAGAAACCCCAAGGAGAUGAUAACCAUUGGUGGCAAGUGAGCAUCACUGAUUACGUAGUGUUUGACCAGUGCAGCCUGUUCCAGACAAUAAUCCAGGCAACUCAUACAGUGGCAACAGCAGCUCAGGCACCUGUGGAGAAGGUGGCUGAUAAGCUUCGAAUGGCAUUUUGGUCACAGCAGCUUCAGUGUCAGCCCAGCCUCCUCGGAGUUAAUGGCAGUGGAGUCUGGAUCUCUUCAGGCAAAAAUGAAUUCCAUGUAGCAAAGGGAAACUUAAUAGGCACUUAUUGGAAUAAUAUUGUGCCUCGUGGUACUGCUUCUGCCACAAAGUGGAUUUUUGUGUUGGCUUCCACAGCUUCAUCUAAAGAAGGAAGCUUUCUGUGGCUGUGCCAAAGCAACAAGGAUCUGUUUUGUGUCAGUGAUCAGAAUCCUCAGUUUCGUCCUUCUACAGUCCAGCUGCCACCGGAGGCCGAGAUGGUGCACUACUCUGCCUGCCAGGAUGCCAUUUGGGGUUUGGAUAGUCUUGGGCAGAUAUUUAUCAGAACACUUUCAUCCAGCUGCCCAACAGGGAUGCAUUGGACAAAACUGGAUCUCACCCAACUAGGUGCUGUAAAGCUGAUCAGCUUGACCUGUGGAAAUCAGCAUGUUUGGGCCUGUGACACCAAUGGUGGCAUUUAUUUCCGUGUAGGAACUCAACCUCUUAACCCAAGUUUGAUGCUUCCUGCGUGGAUAAUGAUUGAGCCACCUAUACAGCCAGUAGGAAUCAACUUGGUCAGCAUUCAUUCAAGUCCAAAUGAUCAGAUGUUGUGGGCAAUUGAUAGCAAAUGGAAUGUCCAUGUGCGAGUUGGAAUUACAGAUGAAAUGCCUGUAGGCACUGACUGGGAACAUGUACCAGGUUUGCAGGCUUGCCAGCUGGCCAUAAGUACAAGGACCGUUUGGGCACGGUGUCCCAACGGAGAUGUAGCUCGUCGGUACGGCAUUACUGACAAGAAUCCUGCAGGAGACUACUGGAAGAAGAUUCCUGGAAAUGUCUCACGCUUAACAGUGACCCCUCUAGAUGAACUGUGGGCAAUCAGUACUUCAGGAUCCCUGCUCCAGCGCCUCACUAAGACCUUUAGCCAUUCCCAUAGUUUGCAGAAAAAUAAUGACACUUCUGUUCUGCUUCACCCUGAUGAUUUUGAAGAUGAAUGGGAAGUGAUAUGAAGUCUCUCAAGCUUGCGAAGCAGUGAAAAAAACAGGACAGAAUUUCUGUGAUGUAUGUACAGAAUAUUGGAUCUAAAAGCCACUCAUAUUGGACCUGUGAUAUUAGCACUUUUGUAUUGAAAAACUGACCUGUUAAAUAGCCCCCAAGCUGUGAGUUCUGAUGUUUGUUACAUUAUCUUUUGGGAGACUCUUUAGAUGUGGCAUACUGCAAUUGUUAUACUGUAUUACUGUAGAAGCUCCUUUGGAAAUAUAACCCUUAAGUUAAUCUUACUAGCAGUGGAAGUGACUGCUUCACAACAGCAUGCACACUAAUGUACUGAUUUUGAGAAGGAAUUCUGUUGCAUUAAAUAUUUCUCUACAGCAGAAACACUAA